AUGAACUGGUCGCUUAUCGCAUUUCCGCUGAUACCCAUCUUGUGUUUGGUGGCCCUUGCUUUAUGGAGCAAAGUCGAUGAGAAUCUUUGUCCGAAGAUUAUAAAAUGCAAAGAUCCUUGUGUCGUUGAGGCUGAUCCUGACAUUGCUGGCAUUGGAGUCCGCAUUGCUACUUAUACUCAGACUAUUUGCAAUAUCAUUCUUCUAGGGUUUGCCUCUGAUGGAAACAGAACGAGCGCUUCCUACCAUGCUCUUGUUCUCACCUCUCUCGCAACGAUUAUCACCCUGGGUAUUUUCUCCAUCCAAACCAAGCUCAGUCUUCACCAUUCAGUGGUUGCGUCUUCCCUACUUACAAUCACCAUACUGCCCACACACAUCUUAGAGUCAUGGAGAGUUCGAUCGCCGGGAAUAUUCGUUGCCCAACAGGUUCGGCUUGCAAUCUACUGUGCCUAUGCCUGGUGGCUGAUCCUCGAAAUGCCGUGUAUGGGAGCCGAACCGCAGUGCAAUCUAUGCACACGGUCAAGCCUGUUCGGCCAUGCAAGUCGAGUCGCUACGCACGGGAACAGAUCAUUACGGCUGGGAGUUGUUCUCUUCACAAGCUAUUUGUGGCUUCGGCAGGUGGUCUGGUCCUACGGCCCAAGGCAUUAUUUCGAAUCCGUCCCUGCUACACUUUCAGAAACUCGAAAACAAGCCUGGAACUCUUAUAUUGACGAGAAUCGGGAUUCAUUAACAACGUGGCGACUCCGACGUUUAGCCCGAGAACGAAAAUACGACCAGUUUUCGCGCUUCUUAAUACCAGGCUGGUUGUGGUACGACGACGUGACCACGGCACGAAGAGGAAUAGAGCAAAGACGGUGGAAGCGAUUUCUGCCCUUGGACAAGCAGAAGGUCAACUGGUUCGUCAGGGUGUGGGAAGAUGCUACAGUUGCCAUCCGUGUUCCACGUUGUCAAAGAGCGAUAGUGGCAUUGCUGCUCUCAGUUCUCUUGAUCUCCGAUACAGAGCACACGGUGAAGCUAAACUUGAGUGCCGACAGGGAUCAGUGGGGUUAUGGGCAGAUCCUUGCACUGGUAGCAACAAUUCCGUCAGUGGCGGACGUGACAAGGUUACUGCUAAGACUAGGCAAGAGGCCAUACCUUGUUAUCCCUUUUAAAGAGAACAUUGGCAACUGCGGCAAUCGGGGUGUCUCUGAUGACGGUCUUUACCCCUGA